ACGAAACGAUUACUUCUGUACAUGUAUUGAAUUAUUCGUGUUUUUUGCUCAGUUAUUCAUAAUUUCGACUACGAAUUGCAGCAAUCUUCAUAAUUUAAUGCCUAAAAUGCGUGCAAGAUACAUAAAGUGGCCACUAUCGCUCUUGAUAUCCUUGGUUUCUCUGCUUAUCUGUACAGCGAAUGGAUCUGAUUCCAAUGACGUCGUUAGGUUGAUGCAAACUAUGGAAGAAAAUUGUGACGGAAAAGAAGCCUGUGUCAAUGAAAAUAUCGACCGCCUGAUAAAUUCAUUGUCAAAAGGUCGAACCGUCGAUAGAGAGAUUGGAAGCGAUGAUCUGUCAAACAUGAUUUAUCUUAUGAAACUCGUGGACAACAAAUGUGGUGCGGACCUGAUCUGCCUAGAUCAUCUUUAUGAUACGUUUCGGGAUCAAAUUGCGGAUACUGGAGGUUCUCUAGCGAAAAAUUAUCUGGAGGAUGAAUCAGAAAAUAUUGAUGAAAUCAAUUAUUUGGGCGUUGGAUUUGACAUCGAUGAGAAGUAUUAUGAUAUGAUGGUACUUUCAGCAAAAUUUGAAGAUGAGAUAGAGACAAUUCUAGGAGCUCAACAGAAAGAGCUAAAGGAAGAAAGAAAAAAAUCUCGUGAGGAAAGACGAGAAAUGUAUAAACGUAUGUCUGACGAAGAAAAGAAACAAUGGAGAGAAGACCGAAAACAAAAUAGAAAAAAGAACAAGAAAGAAAGGCAAGAAAAAAGAAAACAAAAACGUGGAGAAAGGAAUGGUAGGAAAGAAGCUAGACGAGAUAAGAAAGAAGAUAGACAAACGAAUAAAGAAGAAAGACGGGAAAAAAAGGAAAAUAGACAAAUAGAGAGGGAAAAGAGGAGGCAAAAUAGAAAAGAUAAGAUGGAGGAUUGAAUAUGGGAGAAAAUGGAGAACGAAAAUCAAGACAAAAACGAUGAUUGAACAUUAAAUUUAAUCAUAAUGUAUCAUGCACUA